GAAUGGCCAACAGGGGACCUGCGUAUGGCCUGAGCCGAGAGGUGCAGCAGAAGAUUGAAAAGCAGUAUGAUGCCGACCUGGAGCAGAUCCUGGUCCAGUGGAUCACCACCCAGUGCCGCAAGGAUGUGGGCCGGCCCCAGCCAGGCCGUGAGAACUUCCAGAACUGGCUCAAGGAUGGCACGGUGCUAUGUGAGCUCAUCAAUGGACUGUACCCCGAGGGGCAGGCCCCAGUGAAGAAGAUCCAGGCCUCCACCAUGGCCUUCAAGCAGAUGGAGCAGAUCUCUCAGUUCCUGCAGGCAGCUGAGCGCUAUGGCAUCAACACCACUGACAUCUUCCAAACUGUGGAUCUCUGGGAAGGAAAGAACAUGGCCUGUGUACAGCGAACACUGAUGAACCUAGGUGGCCUGGCAGUGGCCCGGGAUGACGGGUUCUUCAAUGGGGAUCCCAACUGGUUUCCUAAGAAAUCCAAGGAGAACCCUCGGAACUUCUCCGACAACCAGUUGCAAGAGGGCAAGAAUGUGAUUGGGUUACAGAUGGGUACCAACCGUGGGGCAUCUCAGGCAGGCAUGACUGGCUACGGGAUGCCACGCCAGAUCCUCUGAUCCUGCCUGCCCUGCCUGCCCUCCCUUGAAUGGUUAAUAUAUAUGUAUAUAUGUUUUAGCAGUGACAUUCCUAGAGAGCCCCCAAAGCUCUCAAGCUCACCUCUGCUGGGGUGGGGAUCUAACCUCUCCUGUCACCUGUCGGGGUGCCAAUGGAACCUCUCCCCCUCUGCUUAUUAAUACAUUCCUUCCCCAUACUCAUCAAAACUGGACCAACCUUUCCCCCUGGGACCAAAACUUGGGGGCAGUUAGCCUUCCACUACCCACCAUGCCUGUCUUCUUUCUCUGUGGCCUCUCCUGACCCUGAGCUGUGUGCCCUGAGCCCGUCCUUGGCUCAUAGUCAGGGAUGCUGCCUUCUGGCCUGGUGGGCUGGCCUUCCCUCCACAAGUAUGCCUAUCCUGCAGCUGUGACUGCAGGGACUUAAUUUAUAGGCAGGGCCCUGUGGUGACUGCCACUCUAGCUAUGGCUGGGCUGUGCUCACCACACGUCUGGGGCAACUUUCCCUGGCAGAGGCCCUGUUGGUUUCUCAUUUUCCAUUCCCCUUGCUGUGGCUAAGGGACGGGGUUGAGCGGACAGAAGAGGGAGGGCUGCCUACCACCAUCUGGGGUUUGAGGAAUAAGAGUUUGCUGAUUUAAAUAAAAAAUGAUGGUCUUUUUGGAA